AUGGCUAGAAAACAGGUUAAUACCAAAUCGGUAUCAAAUGGUGGCUCUAAGAAGACUGCAGAUGCCAAAAGUGCCAAAAAAGUGGUAAAGAAACAACCUAAGGAAGAAGUAGAAGAACAGGCAGAUGAUAUCAAUCUCCCGUCCUCCUCAUCGGAGGAUGAAGGAUCUGGAAAUGAAAAUAAAGAUUCAAAAGUGACGGUGAAUGCUGAAGAAUAUGAACUUUCAAGUGAUGAUUCAGAAGACGACAAUGAAGAAGAAAAAGAAGAAGAAGAAGAAGGAGAGAGUGAAGCAGCAGCAUCAGCAACAACAGCAGCAGCAGCUGUUGAUGACGAUGAUAGUGAUGAUGAAUCCUCAUCCGAUGACUCUGAUCUUGAUGUUCAAGGUUCUCUUGAGCCAGUUGCCGCGGGCCAUAAAGUAAAUAAACAAUUGAAGAAAGCUUCGAGCACAUCUAAAACUAGUUCAAGUGAUAAAAAGUCCAAACGUGGAGUGAUAUAUAUUGGUCGUCUUCCGCUGGGAUUCCAAGAGUCGGAGCUUCGUACAUACUUUACACAAUUUGGAAACAUCACACAAUUAAUUCUUUCACGAAACAAAAAGACUGGUAAAUCCAAGCAUUUUGCACAUAUUGAAUUUGACUCACCCGAAGUUGCCAAGAUUGCAGCAGAGACAAUGGACAACUACUUGUUGUUUGGUCAUUUGAUCAGGUGUCAAGUUGUUGAGAAUCCACAUAAAGAGUUGUUCAAAAAUGCCGGUAGGAAAUUCAAAGUUGUUCCUGUGCACAAGAUUGUUAAGGACAAGCAUGAGAAACGCAAGACUAAGGAAGAGUGGGCUACUAUUGUAGAGAAAUUCGAGGCUAGUAAGAAAAGAAAGGUUGAAGAGUUGAAAGCUAAAGGGUUUGACUACGAUUUAGCCUCUAUAUAA